CUUCUUUGUUCGUGAUUGUUUUAUUUAGAUUGCAGCAAUUCAGGAACUGCAGAUACGUGACGUUAGUGACCUAUCCUUUCAUUUGCGGUCAACGGUGACGAAUAUUCGCUGCGACGUUCGGCGAAAAAAUAAAAGUUUUUCAAGAUAUUGAAAUUACAACGAAAUAUUGAAAGCAAGAAUUACCUAAAUCGAGGCAGUUCGAUCCUCCGUCGAAUAUGGAGCGGUCAAAGAUUGUGGGUAUAGGAAACUCCGAACUCGUCAUUCCUCCCCUACGGGGUCUCGACGAUUUCCUACUGGAAUCGGCCCGGUUCCAAAUACCGAAUUUCAAGGAUCUGGACAAAUGGGGAAACCGAGUUGUCAACAAUCUAUUUUACUACCAAACCAACUACUUCUUUAUGUCCGUCAUCAUUUUUCUUAUUGUCGGGCUGAUUCAUCCUGUGAAAAUGUUGGUCGGUGCUGUAUCAAUGAGCGUUGCUCUCGGACUGUUUGCCUAUGCAUCGUGCGAGGGCCGAGCCAUUCACCAGACAAAAAAAGAUUAUCCUGCUCUGGGUAUCAUUUUGAUUCUUAUUGGAAGUAGUUUUCUUGCGUACACAGUUGGUUCCCUCCUCGUAUUUCUGAUCGGUAUUCUUCUCCCUUUCUCUGUGACUUUUAUUCACGCAUCGAUGAGACUACGAAACAUCAGGAACAAGCUAGUGAACAAGAUGGAGGAAUUAGGACUAAAACGCACCCCGAUGAGCAUAUUUUUGGAACAGCUCGGAUACCCUAUGCAGACCGUCGGAAUACCGAAGUCGAGGAUCAAGCAAGAGCUACAUGAGUUCGUUGCCGAUAGUGCGAAGGGUUUCUCAUUUAAACGCGGUGGCUACACCCGUCUCUCGGAUAGCUGACGCGUCGUUCAUAACGAAAAAAAUUAUCCAACCCAGCGUCAAUCAUUCCUAUUUAUUUUAUCGGCAAAACUAUGAACGUAUACGCUUUAAAUGCCAAAUAAACAUUUUUGUCCAAUAAGUAGGGACAGGGGUAAUUUUCGGCAAUUGCGCUUUCCCCUUUAUUUCUAUUAUCCCGCCGAAAAAAAUCUUCCGCGAAAUCACAAUUCGCGAAUACGCGCAUCGCGAGAUUGCUGCACGCAAUACUUGGUCAUUCGAUUCGUUACAUACCUAAAAACCAUUCAAAAAAUAAAACAUCUGUAUGUUUAUUAUUAACAAUUGCAUUCCAAAUAGCCUCAUUUUGUAAUUUAAAUACUAUAAAUAAAUAUUAUUAUUUUUACGUAAA